AUGGCUAGCGUCGGACCGGCGACGGAGGACAAAUGGGCAGGGGCGAAGCUCGUCACACGUGCUUCAAACGCAAUUGGAGUCGAAAUGACGACGGCAGGUGCAGCUGAAGACCAAGGCGAAGGAGCUCCUUCCGCCUGCCGGACUCGCGCCAACCAUACCCCUGUCGCCCCUGCCAUCUGCAAAGAGCUGAAAAGUGACAUGGCAAGUGCCAAUGGCCUGGGAGAGUGGAGGAAGAAGGAGGAACCAGACCGGGCUGGAAUGAAAGCUCCGGCGUCAAUGACCGGGUGA